AAUUUUGUAAUAUUUAAUAAAAAGUUUGAGAAGGUAUAACCCUAAAAUACCCUAGAACAUUUUGGAGUUCUGGUCAGAGAGCCGCCGCACACUAUUUCUUCCUCUUCCUCUCCACUUCUCGCCUGAUCUAUCUUUCGAUUCUUCAUUGUCCACAAGGAUAACUAUUUGUUUUCUUCAAAUCAAAAGCCGGAGUAACAAUUCCAAUUCAAAUGGAGGACUGGGAGGAUGAGCAUAUUCCGCCUGCUAUUACUACGGAGCCACUUAGUAGUAAAUGGGCUGAUGAAGAUGUGGAUGAAAAUGAUGUCAAGGAUUCAUGGGAGGAUGAAGAUGAAUCUCAACCUGCUCCUGAACCUGCAAGAAAUCCUCCUGCUGAUAAAGCACCUAAGAAAUCAUCAGCAAAGGCUGCAGAUAAGAAAGUUAAAGCCGUUGAGACAAAGGAAGAACCACUAGAUCCUGUAGCUGAGAAACUUCGCCAACAGAGGCUUGUGGAGGAAGCAGAUUAUAAGUCCACGAAGGAACUGUUUGCUAAGAGAGGCGAUGACAAAACUCUUGAUAAUUUUAUUCCCAAAUCUGAAAGUGACUUUCAGGAAUAUGCAGAACUAAUUUCUCAUAAACUAUUACCAUUUGAGAAAAGUUUUCAUUAUAUUAAUCUGCUUAAGGCAGUUAUGAGACUGGCGACGACUUCAUUGAAAGCGGCAGAUGCUAAAGAUGUUGCAUCUUCUAUCACAGCAAUUGCAAAUGAGAAGCUAAAAUUGGAAAAGGAGGCCAAUGCUGGUAAAAAGAAGACAGGUGCGAAGAAAAAGCAACUCCUUGUUGAUAAACCGGAUGAUGACCUGGUUACCACUGCAUAUGAUGAUGUUGAUGAUUAUGAUUUUAUGUGAGUGCAUUUUUCCAGCAAACGAUGGAAGCAACGAAGAUGUUUGAAUUUCAACACUACAAAUAGAGGAGAGUUUGAGAAGACAGACAUGAUGAGUGGUAUUGAUAUGUUAGGAAAUUUGAUUAUGCUUAAAAAGGAGGGGUGUAUUUUGAGAAAAUAAAGAGUCCCAGAUGCCUUUUGUAUCUAAUGGUCAAUUUUGUUAUUUGUGUUGGGUCGUGAUUGAUAUGUUCAUUCUUGUGCAAAAUAUUUAUCUCUUCACCCCCUCUCAGGCAGGACCAAUUGAUAUGUGAUUAUGCUUUUUCAUUGAAACUUGGUAAAUCCAGUCACAGAACGCGUUGGGGACAGCCUAUUAGAAUAUUUUUUUUAAUUUCUCAUGAAACGGAUCUUCGACUGCAAAUUAAUCUUUCAGUGGGGUCCCCAUUAUGCCA